CACGAAAUGUGGACAGUAGUGAACGGGCAGACGGUGACUUCUGAUGAUGGAGCGAAAUUCCUCUCUUCUGCCUUAAGAAAGUCCGUUAUUUUAACCCUUCAGUGUCUUCCUCUGGAGAGGAAGAGCUGUCAUGGGAGGCGCGCGGCACUGCUCACGCGUCCUGAUUGAUGGAGAACCGCGAAACUUCGCAGUGGAUAUAGAACACGCGCGUGAAGUGCGAUAGAGCGAUGGGACGCAGACGCAAUACAUUGUAACAAAGACUCCCAUUAGGGUGUGACGUGCACUGGACCAGCCUAUGCCAUGAGGACUCAGAAGUCCCACGGCCGGACAUCAGCCAGACCUUCCCGUCAGCUCCUGCCGCGUUUCAGUUUUCACUCCAGGAGAAAGAAGGAAGGUGUGAUCCAGGGAAAGCUGCGUAUUCGCUCCAUGCCUGGGGCCUUUCUAGUGCUGGGAGUGGUGGUUGUUAUUGUUGGCACUGCACUUGCCGUGGCUGGUUACUGGCCAUACCGGGCCCAUCGUGCCUCACUGGACUUAGUAGAGGAUGGGACCUCAGGGACCUCACAGGCCUCAGGAUUGGGAUUAGGAACCAAAUGGCUGUUUUCUGCUGCAAGUCUUGUGCAUAGUGAGAGAAUGAAACUCCUCGGCCCCGUCAUUAUGGGAGUGGGACUCUUUAUACUUAUUUGUGCCAAUACGGUACUCUACGAGAAUCGGGACAGGGAAACGCAAAUGCUUCUGGCUCAGAUGCGGAGCGUCAUCUGCUCUGUUUCUGCAGCUGUGCCUUCGGCAGACCUCUUGCAGGUCAACUCCCUUGCUAGGCAAUACCAAUGGGUCAGCAGCUUACCUGCAGCCCACCUGAACAUCCUCUGCUUGCAAGAAUUAUCCCGUUCAGAGCCACUAUUACAUGUGAAGAGCAUGGAUGAGGAGGAUAGCAUGCAACAGCAAGAAACUCUGCACACUCAGGUUCUUCAUCAUCAGGACUCUUCUUCCAACCCCUCGAUUCACAGCAAAGUGAUUCUUUGCACUGAGGAGCAGAUGACCACCUAUGGACUAGAUCUGCAGUUUGAAAGUCACUGUGGACUUAGCAACUGCAUGACAGCAUCUUCUAUGUCCACACUGGGUGGGGAGGAAUGUGAGACCUUCUCUAUCCCACCCAGACGCUCCUAUAGCAUGAGCCACAGAGUUAGACCACACAUACUGCCGAAGGAUAUGGUGCAUCCAGUGGACAAGUCCAUGUCCUCAAUGGGUAACCAAAGACUGCUUCCAAGACAGUCCAGCUCAGAGGUGUGCGUGAACAUGGUUGGGUUUGGAGUUGACCUUGACCUUAUACCUGUGGAAGAGCAGAAACACUGUAGUUGGCCUAGGCUAGACCUUGGAAGUGCCAGGAGGUACCUCAAGCUGGAGAACAAAGAAGAUUCUGUGGAAAAGUUACUGGAUCAGCUUGAACAGCAGUGCUUGCAGUUGAACAAAAGCUAUGGCUCAGGCCCUUUCCAGUGAGAUGAGGUUUAAUCAUUACAUCAGGGUUAAUGGAAUGUUAAAUCCUAUGGUCAUGAGGAAGAGCCUCACGAAGAAUAAUACACCUGGAAUAAUUGUGUUUCCUGUGGCUAUUUCUUUGCACAGUUUCUGGAAUCUGUGAGGCCAGCUAAUUUGCUUAUUUCCAAGACCUAGCCAUAAAUCUCACUUGACUAGUUUUUGUAACUAGUUUGCUUUGAGAUGCGUGAAGUAUGGAAAUGUAGCUUGAAAGGGCAUUAACGUCUGCAAUAUUUUGCUGCCCUUGAUUGCAUGUAUAUAUAAGCAUGCAUCCUGGAGGUAUUUUACAGUCAUGGAAACUUUCUAAAUGUCUUGUGCUUCCAUUGAUUCUAGGAUGAAUCUGACCUCUUUUUGAAAAAUUGUGUAAAAGGGCUAAAGGAGGAAUCUGUUUGGUAUUGUUGCAAAAGCCCAACUUGUUUCCAGGACACACUAAAUAACAUCACGUUAGAAUAAACAAAGACAUCAGCAAAGAGAUUCAAAGCAAACACGUUUCUGAUGUCUGAAGUCAGGUUGGCCAAAACCUUGAUCCUAGUUUGGAUAAUUAUAAGAGGAUUUGUUGCCCAAAAUGAAGAAUGCUGGUUAUUUAACCAAAAAUAAUGGAUUUGUCCAUAAACUGUGUCCACGUUUGGAUUGUCUACUGAAAUCCAUUUGGUUACAAGUUGACCCAAAGGAACCUUCUUUGCACAUUGUCCAUAAAUCAUUCCCAGAGUAUCUGCUUCCCUCUUAUCUCACUGGUCUCCUACCUCUGCCUAACGAUGGUGAAACAGAAGCACAGAUGAUGAAGGCACACUCUUGGCUUCAUUAACUAAGGUGAUCAGUUUUUGCAUGCACUAAUGCAGAUACAUCAUUGCUUUCCCUUUAAAGGGUGGAGCUUGACAGAGCCCCUUCUUUUUGCAGUGAGAAUGUGUAAUUGCACUCUGUUUACAAAAAACAAGACAGUCACCCUGUCUCUAUUUUGUCUGUGUAGCCUGUUUUUGUAUGCUGUGUUGUAUGCUGUGUUUUCUCUAUGUAUACUGAGCAAUAUCCACAAUCUGACUAAUUAAUCAUUGAUGAUGUCAGACCCUUUACACCUUUAAACUGAAUUCCAUGCCUGUGUUGCAAAUAAAAGGCAAAGCAAAACCACUUCAAAUGUAAAUGUUUUUUUGCUAAAUACAUGUUUGCAUGGCACUUUGCAAGGCAGCACUGUUUUAAUAUUCCUAAAACAUCAUAUAUUGCUUCUCCACAAUUUUCUGCAAUUAAUUUAUACAACCCAUAAACAUACAGACUCAUU